CGGCCACUGCUGUUGACGCGGAGACUCCUAGGCGUUCCGGUUGCCCUGGUGACGGAUCCCUUCUCUUCCCGCCUGGCUUCCAGAGGCUUCAAUCAAGUCCCUCCGUCGGCCCCGGACCCCUCGUUCCCCCUCCCUUUCCCCUCCCCAGAUCUGGAUAAAGCUCCUAUGAGAAUUUCUGCAGGUGUCCAAGUCUCCUCCCCAAGUCGUUGCCUUGCAGGCAAGACCUGUCACCACACAACACGCUGCAGCCGUUUCAUCCACAACCGAGAGCCUUCUCUCUCUCUCUCCGGGCUAACACUUCCCAUUCCCAGCUUCAGGCAAGAUCGUGACCUAAGGACUUGUAAAAGCCAAGCCAAAGCCCAGAGAUGGAAGCAGACGAAGUCACAGAAGAGCCUCAUACCACCAUGGAUGCAGAGGAGCACCCUUCUUCAAAGGACCUCUCUGCUGAGGACUCACAGGAGCCCCCUAUCCAUGAAACCCCCUUAGAGCCUCCCAUCUCUGAGGACCCCAUACAGCCCCUUACCUCUGAAACUCCUUUGGAACCUUCCACUUCCCAGAACCUUUUAGAGACCUACACCUCUGAAACCCUUUUGGAGCUUUCCAUCUCCAAGACUCCUUUAGAGCCCCAGACCUCUGAAUCUCACAUGAUGCCACCCACUUCCCAUACCCCUUUAGAGACCCAUACCUCUGAAUCCUCUUUGGAGCCUUCCACCUCCAAAGCCUCUUCAGAACACUCUAUCCCUGAAAGCCCAGUGGAGACUCACAUCCCUAAGGUCCCAGAGGAAAACCUUACUAUCCAUGACUCAUCACCAGACCAUAUCUCUGUGUCUGCCUCUGAUGCUCUGAAGAAAGGCCUCUCCUCCGAGUCUUCCUCCAGUGGGGUCUCAUGGGUAAGAAGAUCCCUCCAGAAACCUGAAUCUGAGAUCCUUCAAGAGCAUUCCCUCUCAGGCCCUUCAGCCCAGGUCCACCUAGACACAUCUGCAAAGGAAAGGGAAGAAGAAGGAGAAGACAAGGAGGGACAGGAUGCCACCGACAGCACCACUCACACAGCUCAGCCUGGAUGUCAUCUGGGUUACACAGUCAGCCCAGUGGUGCCUGCUAAGCAGGCAGAGUUGGUGGAAGUGGCUAAGGCAAUGCACAGAGAGAAGUUUGGUGCUCGGGUAAAGAAUCUUUUCCAGUGGGAGAAGAAUGCAGCCCUGAAUGCCAUCCAGACAGGUCUCUACAUUGGCUGGCGUUGCCCCCAUUAUCUAUGGGACUGUUUCCGGGUUGGGGAUGAGUCCAAGUGCUUUUGUGGACACUUGUUGAGAGAGCACCAGAUCAUAUCAGACAUAUCUGUGCCCUGCAAAGUGAGCCAGUGUCGCUGCCUCAUGUUUUGCUUUAUCCCAUCACGCCCAGAGGAGGUGGGUGAGUUCUGGCUCAAGAGACGGGCCACCUUUGACCCCAAAGCCUGGAGAGCUCAAUGUCGCUGCAAACACAGCCAUGAAAACCAUGCAGCUACCGGGUCCCACCCCUGCAGGGUCAAAGGCUGUCGCUGCAACUGCUUUGAGUCUAAUUUCCUCUGUUCGGCCUGUGACCGGCGCUGGGAGGAACACGAGACUUACUUCGAGACUGAGGAGACCCGGCGACGAGGAGGGAGGCCUCACGGGACAGACACUGGCAACACCUGGCACAGGCCUCUGUGAGCCUGGCCCAAAUCGGCAAUAAAGGAGAAGCUACUGGA